AUGGCGGACGGAAAAACAGCGGACCGGGCUGAGAAAGAAAAGGCAUUAGAGCAACAGCGAGCGCGGCAAAGAAAAUACAGGGAAAAGAGAGAAAAUGAUCCUGAAUUUGUAGCAGAAUUAAGACGAGUGAAACCCAAACCCAAAACCAGACAGGCAAUUCAGUCACAAAGAGAGUACAAUCGUAUGGCAAAGCAGAGAGAAAGAGAAAAGAUGACAUUCCAAAAAAAAGAAUGGGUUAAAAGGAAAGAACGAGAAAGGAAGGCUAGGAAAAGACAGCUUAAGAAAUGCAGUGUCAGUGCCCCAAGCUUGCUGCAAGGAAGUUGGAAAUGA